CCGGCCGGCGAGACGCACUGUUUGAGACCGCGAGGCUGCGCAGCCGCGCAUCCUCCCGACGACCGGACUCGGCCGAACAAGCGCUCGGCGACGGCCAAACCGACGCCGACGGUGGCGGUGAGGACGGCCGAAGACAGGAUGGAGCAGGGCUUGGCGAGCCGACCUCCCAACACCAGCCUCUCCGAGCUCGGCACGGAGGAGGCUUGCUCCGUCACCCAGACGACCGCCUCCUCAUCCUCCUCCUCCUCAUCUUCCUCAUCCACCUCCGCCUCUCCCCACCCCUCCUCCUCCUCCUCCAACGAGACCGACGGCAGAGUGAGUGAUGAACCCCACGCAGAUUAA